AUGAAAAGUUUCUUUUCUGGAGACAAGAUCUUGUCCAGAAAACCACCUUAUUAUAAAACCGCUGAGGCGCCUGAUAUGUGGUUUCCUCCAGAACUUGUAUGGGAAAUAAGAGGUGCAGACUUUACUGUGUCCCCUGUCCACCAAGCUGCCGUAGGUUUAGUUCAUCCAUCACGUGGAAUUUCAAUCAGAUUCCCAAGAUACGUUCGCACUGUGGCUGAUAGAAAACCAGAUGAAUGUAGCACAUCUGAAGAUAUAGCUGCGAUGUUUUGUUCCCAGACAAGGAAGAUGGACGUUGCUGAAGAUUGA